AUGAUUUUUAUGGGCACAAAAAAAUAUCCAGAGGAAAAUGAAUUUUCACAGUUCAUAACACAAAAUGGGGGAAAUUUUAGUGCAUACACAGCAUUGGAUCAUACUAACUAUUAUUGUUCCGCUAAGACAGAUUCAUUUGAACCAUUAUUAGACAGAUUUUCCAGACUUUUCUACGAACCAUUAUUCACUGUCAGUGCGGCCAAAAGAGAAAUCAAUUCUGUUAAUGCCGAACACGAAAAUAAUAAAACCAAUGACAGUAUGCGUUUGACUCAACUAAAAAGAAAUAUGGCUGACCCAGCCCAUCCAUUUAACAUGUUCCCAACAGGUACAAAGCAAACAUUAUGUAAUAUUCAAAUCGAAAAUGGUGACCAUUUUUGUGACAAAUUAUUAGAAUAUCAUUCAAAUUGGUACUCGUCAAAUUUAAUGUAUUUAGCUGUACUUGGAAAAGCGGAUUUAGACACUUUAGAGAAUAUGGUAUCGUCAUUUUUUAUGCAUAUUGAAAGGAAAGAUAUACUUUUGCAAGAAUGGACUGAUCCAAUUUAUAAAGAAGAACAACUUGCAACCAAGACUAUUGUAGUUCCAGUUGAAGAUAGCAAACAGUUAUAUAUUAACUUUCUUAUUAAAGACCAGGGACCACAUUAUAAAAGCAUGCCUGUUGCGUAUUUGAACUCAAUAUUAUGUCAUAAAGGUCCAAUGAGUAUUUCAGUUUUAUUAUCGAACAAAGGAUGGUCUUCUGGAAUUUCAGCUGGUAAGAUAUUUGAAGCUAGAGGCAUUGAGUACUACGAGAUUAAUAUGGAUUUGACAGAGUUAGGAUUGGAUUAUGUCGAUGAAAUAAUCAAGUUAAUAUUUAAGUAUGUGAAUAUGUUAAAACGUGAAGGCCCUCAAGAAUGGUUCUACUUAGAAUAUAAAUAUAUUAAUGAAAUGGAAUUUCAAUAUAAAGACAAAGAAGCAUCAUUAUCUUAUGUUUUUAUGCUUACUCCUCGGAUGAUAAGAUAUAAAUUGGAAGAUGUUUUAACAGCUGGAAAUUUAUUAGAAGAAUGGAAACCGGAUUUAAUAACAGAAUUGUUGUCUUAUUUUAGACCAGACAAUAUGAGAGUCACAGUUGUUUCCAAAACAUUUCAAAACCAGACUAAUGCAGAAGAUAAAUAUUAUGGGACACUGUUUAAAGUAUCUAAAAUUCCAGUGGAAACAAUUAAUUAUUGGCUUGAAGUUGAUGAUCUCGAUGAUUUUAAAAUGCCACAAAAGAACAGAUACAUUACAAACAAUUUUAGCCUAGUGACCUUUAAUGAUAGCCUUGAAUUUGAUACUCCACGGUUAUGUUAUAACACUUCGUUUCUAAAAUGCUGGUUAAAAAAAGAUACAAGAUUCAGGUUACCCAAAGUAUAUAUUUCAAUUGACUUCUUCAGUCCCAUCGUUGUGAAUGAUCCAUUCAAAUGUAAUAUUGUGGAUAUUUUUGUGAGAUUAUUUAAUCAAGAUUUUUCCAGUCGCCUAUAUGAUGCAAGUAGUGCUAGACUUCAAUUUCAAAUAAAAUCAAAAAUUUAUGGAUUCAGCAUUUUACUUAGCGGUUUCAAUCUCAAGAUUCAUAAAUUAUUGAAAAGGGUACUGGAAAGACUGAUGACGAUCAAUUUUAGUUCACAACAAAUUGAAUCUAUAAUAGAACAAAAAAUCCGGCAAUUGAAUAAUACUGAAAUGGAACAACCGUAUAACUGUGCAAUACGGUAUAAUGAUGUGAUUCUAACAGACGCCGCAUUGAGUCCAAGUCAAUUAUUAAUGUCUAUUAGUGAAAUUAACAAGGACAUCUUGCAAGACUUUAUGAAAAAGUUUUUUUCAAACAUGUUUAUGGAAUCAUUAAUUUAUGGUAACCUAGACAAACGCUGGGCAUGGAUCUUUGUUCAUGAAUUGAAAAGACCGUUUAUUAACAUUGAAUUUCGUCAACUAUUGCAACAAGAAAUGAUCAGACCAAGAGAAGUCAAAAUUAGCGAUGGUGAGAAUACAUUUUACGAAAUAACAACGAAAUUGCACAGCAGCUCGUGUGUUUUUGUUAAUCUGCAGUGCGGUAUUCAGAAUACAAAGGAUAACACGGUAGUUGGCCUGUUUUCGCAAAUCAUCGAAGACUCGUGUCAUAACAUUUUGCGUACACAGGAACAACUUGGAUACGUGGUAAUGUGCGUAAGUUAUAAAUCCAACGGAGUACUGUAUUUUGGUAUCAUUGUGCAGUCGGAUCAUAGUCCAAUGUUCAUUCACGAAAGAAUCGAACAUUACUUAAGCACCGUUGAGUCAAUAUUGAACAACCUUACCGAUGAAGAAUUCCUCAAGAACAAAGAGUCUCUGUCCGUAAAAAUAGUAGAGAAUCCAAUGGGUAUGAUGGCACAGGCUGCCACCUACUGGUCGGAGAUCACCAAUCAACACUACAAUUUUAACCGAGGGGAAAUCGAAAAAAAAAUGUUAACAUCGAUUACCAAAAAAGAUAUUUUAAAAUUUUACUACCAAAAAAUCAAUGUGGCCGGACCGAAAAGGCACAUGUUGUCUGUAUACGUCAGAUCUAUAAUGAACAAAAAUCCCGAAGAAUACAGUCAUUGCAGCGAUUCGUCAACGUCUAAUAAUUUAUUCAUACCCAGUAAUAUCCAGAAAAUUAUCGACAUAGACGAUUUCAAGAGAAGCCAUCAAUUGUAUCCGGCUCCGAGACGAUAUUUAACACAUGAUGAAUAUUCUGCACAUAAGUUUAACUGUUGUGCUAAAUGUAACAUACUAUAAAGUUCCGCGUUGAAAUACUUUUCUAUCAUCGUAUUGAAG